AGUUGGCACAGACGAGAGGAAAGAUUGACAGAACUCAGAUCCUUCAAAGCAGAGAAGAUGAAAUUCAUUUCGAUUUUCUUCCUGGUAGGAAGUUGUGGCUUGGUUGAAGGUAUGAUAAAAGAGUAUAUUCACUAUCCUGGUGCAACAGAUUGGAAUAAUGCUCAGCGAAUCUGCAGAGAACACCACACUGAUCUGGCUACCAUCAGCACCGCAGAGGAACAGCAGCGACUUGUAGAGAGUUUUAAUUUCAGCAGUGGGCCAGCUUGGAUUGGGUUGUACAGAGAAAGUGUAAACUCAGCAUGGCAGUGGUCUCAUGGAGAGCCAGUUUCUUUCUUACCAUGGUAUCCUGACUAUCCUGAUAACAUUAAUUACAUUUACACUCGUAAUGGAAAAACUUAUGACCGAUACAAAACCUGUGCUUUUUUGGAACAAGGACAAUGGAAAAACAAUUUCUGUUGGGCGCGUUAUCCAUACUACUGUUAUAGAUAUUUGAUUUUGGUGAAUGAGAGCAAGACUUGGGAGGAAGCUCUUCGGUACUGCACCACUAAGUACACCGGCUUGGCCUCUCUGCCCUACGCCACACAAGUGCUUCAGGCAAAAACGGAGCUUGCACUGACCCAAACAGAGAGUGUGUGGACCGGCCUGCGCUUCAUGGAUGGAAACUGGUUCUGGCUGAGUGGAGAGCCAACGCAGAGCCUGGAUUUACUUCCAUCAUGUCCAGCUCAUCCUUAUCGCUGCGGAGCUCUCAACAACAACACAAACAUCUGGGAGAACCGAGACUGCAACGAGAAUCUGAAUUUCCUCUGCUACUGGAAUAUUAUGUAGUGAUCUCUGGCUGCACCCCUGCAUUACAUAUGACUUUCCACAAGAAGAAAUCUCCUACAGGAAGAUUACAUGCAUGACACUUUUCUUUUUUUUCUUCUUUAUUGAUUAAGAUGUAUCAUAUGUUUGGCUUUCCUUAUUUACAGGUAAUUUAUAUAGCAUUGAAACUGAAUGGCAGGCUUAGAUAGAAAGAUAGAUAGAUAGAUAGAUGUGUGGUAUGGCCCAAGUUUUCCUUAAUUUCCAGUGGCCUUCAUUUAUCAAGCUGGAUACAAACAGACGUAAAUUAUCAUCAAUUGUUCUUAGGAGCAUUUACACAAGAAAUUUGGUAUUGAUGAAAAUCCUGAAAUUUUCAGAAAAACACUCGUAUCCUCCUUGUGCUCCUGGCUGUGUGUAAAUUUUACAUUCAACUCACUAACUAACAUAAACCUUGAUUGAUCAGCUUCAAAACAUCAUUUGCCUGCUGCACUUUUAUAUACGGACUACACAGUCAAGUUUAAACCACUAUUUAGCAGAUUAGUCGUUUUAUUCAUAUAUACUAUAUCAAUAUUGACAUGUUCUAUUAUCAGUCUUUCAUAAUGCAUUUGAUCUGACUUUCACUGCAGUCAAGCAGUGCUUCAUUUUUAGUGGAAAAAGAUCGGUUUUAAACCUGUGCAGUCUUGACGGAGCAAGAUUUCCGAGUUUGAGCAGCGGGAAAACCCUCCUCUUUUAUUCACUGAAAAGGGAGCACUGGUGGUGUUACGCCACGGCCAGCAGAUGGCACUGCGGCACGGCUUCUGACUGGUCACGUGACUCUUUUGCUUUCGUUUGCGUCCUGCUUGGACAUUGAUUUAAGUCUGAUCAUGUCUCUGAUUUGCCCCAGGUGUCCAUGUUUUGGGUUAAUCAGGUUUGCUAUUUAAACCCCCCAUGUGACUGUGCACUUCGCGCAGUAUUAUAGUUGGCGCCAAACGUCCUAUGCGGUUCCCGUUAGUGGUUGAGUACGAUAGUGAAUGCGUUAGCAUGUUAAGCGGUCUGGUUUCCUGCCCUUUUUUCUAGCCACGAUACCAGUUUCUUGUUUUCCUGGUGAAGACCGCGUUUCCUGUGUUUGUUUAUCUACUGUUAAAUAAAGACUUUGACCUGCACCUG